CGGAUGGACCUGUGGGGUCAAGCGUUCGCUUUGUCGCUGUCAGCUGGGACGACUGUAGCGCCACCUUGAGAAGGCGGCUGCUGGACAUUCCAAAGCGCAAAAAUGUCGUCGCACAUCCGGCUGUUCCACCGGCGCAACCAAAGCCGCGAGCAGCGGCUUCUGGCCAUCCAGCAGGCGGCCACUGCGGCUAGCAGGGGCCAACAUUUGUCGCGGGAUAUGAAGGCCCUGCUCACCAACCUGUCGCCCGCCGAGCGAAGGCUGGUCGCCAUCAAGAACAACCUACAGGUGACACCUGGCCAUGCGGUGCCCUUCCGGCGAGUGCGGUCGCAGUCGGUGAUGUUCCAGGUUGAUCCCAGUCGCCGCAGCCCCGUGCGCGCUCGCUCGCUGUCGGUCAGUGAUUUCGGCGAGCGGUCCCGGCUGCAACACUUUGGCGCAGCGGAGCGACUCACGGCGCACGAGGAGGACGACCGAUUCCGGACGUACACGCGCCAGGUCUACGUCCUGUUCGCGGUGCUGGCGGCGGUUGUCGCCGCGGUCGCUUGCUACACCUUCCAGAGGAUCCGCCACCGGAGGGACCAACAGCCUCACGAUGCGACCCAACAGCUGGACUUAUGAGCAGUGAGCACCUCCG